AUGACGGAGGAGAGAUCUGAUCUUCACUGUUUGGUUUCUAUUGCAGUCAGAGACGCUAAUUCAGACAGCGUAGAGGGCGUCGAGAGAUGUUUAGAUAUCCUUCGAUUCUUGAAGAGCCUGAAUCUCUCAGACAAGGAUAUUAGUCGCGUGUCUAGAGAAGAGAUACUUCCUUUGGAGAGUUUGAGACAUCACAGUAACCCGAAGAUUCGGACGGGAGCUAAAGUCUUGUUAAGUUCCUGGAUGAAGACUGUUUCUUCCACCGACGAAGGAAGAAGAAGAAGAAACCCUUCUUCUACUUGCAACAACAAAGCUCGUGUUGUGAAAGUACCUUCCGUGCUGAAGAAGAAAAAAGUUGAGAGAUCUAGGGCUCAUGAUCAAGUGUGCGAGACUAAACAAAACCUAAAGAAGACUGAUGAUCGCAAGCCUUUCGCUGCAGCGAAGAAGCAAUCCGCUCUUUCUACAAACCCUAGAUCUCUGGCUCAUGAAGCGAGACAGAGUAAGCAAAAUCUGAACAAGCCUGACGUUCGCUGCAAGUCUGUUCCAGAAACAUCAAGGCCUCUCCAGAUGAAGAAGAAAGUAUCUGAAAAGAAUGCAACAGAGAUGUUGGAGCUCUUCGAGAUAGCCAAGAAAUCUGCAGAUGUGGCUAACGCAAAGGGACUUCUCUUGGCUACAAAGGAGACGUCGAUAUGUGUGGACACUCUCUCUUUACUCAUCGAGUUCCCAAUCAGCUCAGCAGCUCCUGAAACAAGUCGGAUCAUGGACAAGCUUGCUUAUCUAACGAGGCACAAAGACAGGAAAAUAUGCAAUUCUGCAUCAGCACUUCUUGACCAUUGGAGCCAGAGCAUCAGAGAUCAGCAAACACAAAGUUGCUAG